GCGAGUGGCGCAGCGUGCAACCCUACCCAGUCAAAUAGGGCGUUUAAUAUGCCCUCUUCUUUAUACCCAAGUUGUGAACGAGAAUACGAGCAAAUUAAAAAUACACGGUCAACAAACAGGAAAAAAAUAAUCCCAUAUCAAAAAAGCAUGCUAUGGGACCUACUCCCAGGUCCCAUACACAUCGAUACACAGAAAUCUCCAUUGAGUUCGAUGAGGCUUUGCCCCAGCGGGUGUAGGAUUGCAGCCUUAUUCCCACCGAAGUCAUGGUUUUACCUUUGCGAAAAGGUUGAGGGCGUUUUUGUUCAAGGCGAGCAAGUAGGGGUGACGUGACAGGUGCAAUCAACGCCACACUCGAAUCAGCCACUGCAAUGCUGGCAUCCGUCUGUUUCGAGGGACAAUCUGGCCUGGAGUAUGCUUCCAGGCGUGAAGUCAGACCGCUACGUUAGCAGCACCGAAGUGACCUCCCCGGGGAGCAAGCCUGGGCAGGGUGCAUGGAGGCCCUGGGCUGCCCAGGCGACAAGACCCCCCUCUCGGCCUCACUGAUGGUCCAUAGGAAAGCAGAGCAAUACUUUAUAUGAGAGCUGGGGCUGGUCGUAAAGGCAGCUAGCUGUUCGAUUUUUGUUGGCAAAGGAUAAUGUCACAGGCGCGGAUCUUCACUCAAAUACUACAAAAGAAACAAACAUUUUAUUGUAUUGCUAACCUAUACAGAACCGAUGUCAUGUAAACUGCAUAAUUCUACAUUGCAGGGGGUUGGGCUAGAUGACCCUUGGGUACCUUCCAACUCUACACUUGUUUGAUUCCUCUAACAGGCUGUGCGCGCAUCGCGAGGAAUCUCAAUUUUAUCCCCUGCUUCACAUUCCCGUGCCAUCCCCCCCCCCCCCCGUCUUCUCUCAGGCUUGAGUUCACCCUUCCACCAAACGGAGCUCGCCGCUGAUAAAGGAGGAGCGAAGGGUUUCUUCGAAAUUAAUCUCUAUGGUUUUUUGCGCGAGCUUCCAAUGUUAAGUAUGGGGUCUCCGCCACAGAGGUGCGAAAGGUGUAGAGCGGACACCAUCGAGAAUUUGGACUGGGGCUGCUUCCGAAUUCGGAACGGAAGUUCCGAGGUGCGUGACCCCACCCACUUCCCCCCACCCUCCUCCUAUCACGCGUUGGGAGGGUUAGCUGGGCGGGGCCAGAAGGGACUCCUAUCUCGCUCGCUCGCUCGCUUGCUUCGCGGCUGGCUGGCGUUGCUAUGAAGCGCGCGAGCCGAGUCAGCGCGUGCUGCCCGCGGGAGGGCGAGCAGGUAGCGCGAGGGCUCGGCCCAGGAGGACGAAGGAAGCGCCUCGGCCUGCUCUCGUUCCGUUAGGAUCCGGCGCUGAGCGCGGGGAUGAGGGACGAGCCCCUCUUCGCCCUCCUCACAGCAGCCUCUGAGGCACCUUCGUCCCCUGUCCUGUUCCCGCCUCUACCCCACAAAACACACCGGGGGACGUUGGGAUAGCCGCGCGCUCUCAAGCUUAAAUGAUACGAUGGUUGAGGGGAUAAAAAAAAGGGAGAAGGGCAGUUGUGGGUGCAGCCUCCAGCUCCUUAUAAAGGGCGACCUUGGCCCAAACAUGGAGUCAGAUACGCCCUUCUGCUCUUUCCCCUCUCUUCCCCUGUCUGUGUCACAGACCACAGAGGCCAGCAGGCCUAGCAGUUAACAGAACUGGGGCUGGUGGGAGUUGUAGCCCUGACAGCUUUUGGAGGGUCAAAAGUUAUCGAAAACUUUAUGACUGGAACAUUUUCCUUGGUGCGUGGUAGCUUUGGAGUCAUGGACUGAAAUUUGAGGCAUCCGGGUUCUUUUGCUAGUGCUUAAGAUGGUGCCUUCAAUUUGUCAUUCAGAACUGAGAAAUAGUUGUUUACAACACCCCUGUAAUGUAGACUUCUGGACUUGGAAACUUAGGUUGGACUGUGGUUAUUGUAGUUGGGGGGAGGGUGAAGAAAUUUCAGGGGUCUUAAAAGCUGAAAACAGUUCUAGAAUGUGGCCAACAUGUCAUAUACGCUAAAUAGUAAGUGCAGAGAAAAAGAUAAUGAGUUUUUGUUUCUGUUACAGAAAGUGGAGACGCAAGGGGAAUUUGUUAAAGUCAGAAAGAGAGCUUUGGAGAGGCUGACUACUGAAGUGAUGCAGCUACAUGACAUUUUGCCCAAAAUACUGAAUUAUGAUAUCUUGGAGAACUUGCAGAAAUUGGAUGCUGUUGAAACAAGUGAGUUCUUAGGUUCUGUCAUUAAUGCUAUAAAAUCAUUAAUGCCAUAAAAGCAGCUUCGAGCGAACAACUUAAGUUUGUGGUGGUGGUGGAGAAUAUUCUUGAAGUAACUGAAAGUUGAAUAAUCGAGGUCCAAGUUAGAUAGGACAUAGAAACGUUUAACUCAUUCUUGACCUAAAGAAAAUACUUGUGGUUGGGUGAGAAGAGGAUUUCAAAAUGUCAGAGAGAUAAGGGAAUGCCCAAUCCUUUCCUUGUCUGAUGCUCCUCUGUUUCAAAUCUUCUCUGGGGAAAAACAGCUUUGGGAGGGAAUAGUGAUUUGGAGUGGAGAAAUGGUUGGCAGGGAAAGGGUUAAGCACCUGCCUUUUCACUGCUUCUCUCCAGCACCUUCUUUACAUAUUUCUCAUGGCAGAAUCUGAGCUUUUUCACUUAGCCACAUUUUAUAUUGCUACUGAUUAGUGGCUACAUGUGCAUUAUAGUAAAGUGGUACCUCGGUUUACAGAUGCUUCAGAUUACAGACUCCGCUAACCCAGAAAUAGUACUUCGGGUUAAGAACUUUGCUUCAGGAUGAGAACAGAAAUCGUGCGGUGGCGGCGCAGUGGCAGCGGGAUGCCUUAUUAGCUAAAGUGGCACCUCAGGUUAAGAACAGUUUCAGGUUAAGAACAGACCUCCAGAAUGAAUUAAGUUCUUAACCCGAGGUACCACUGUAUUUGAGAAUGCUUGUUCUUCUUUUUAUUGUUUUACUUGAGCCCUCCAUUUUUUACAGUUGUGGAAAGGAAAGAUAUUGAAGUGGAGCAAUUAAGAAUGGAUUGCGAACACUAUAAAGCCCGUUUAGAAGCAGCCCAAGCAGAUUGUAUGAAAGAAAGAAAGGUAGGUAGAUUAUUAGCUGAAACCCACUCUUUUUACGUACACAAUUGUGCUAUACCUCUAACAAUAAGGGCAAUCGUAAACAUGCCUACUCAGAGGUAAGUUCAGUGGGACUUAACUCCAGCUAAGUGUAGGAAGAAGUGCAACGUCCAUACGUGUUGAGACAGUUGGGGGGGCAUGCUUUUCCGUACUGGCAAUCCCCCCUUUUUGUAGAAAGGUUCCUGCAAAAAGAGGUAUGAAAGAAGGUUCAUUCUGUCUUAUGGUAGCCUGUUACAUCCUACAAGUUGCUUGGGGAGUUUCUGAGCCCUGCUGCAAAGACCUAGCCGAGGUAUAAGAAAAAACAAAAGAGAAGCUUUGGAUUGAUCUUUCCAGAGUUCUGUGAAUAUGGAAUUUCCCAAAAUCUUGUGUAAUAUUCUCAGGAAACAAGGGAUAACAUUAGCAUCUAUGCCAUCCAUCACAUGGAAAAGAUUACAGGGAGAAAUUAUGGAGAAUUGCUUUUUAAUGCCAAUGAAGCUAAAGAAUUGUAUUAGGAAAACAAGGAAGGCAACAGUCUCGCAUACAGAUUUACAAAUAAAACCAGUAGAGACUAUCUAACUUAGCCAGUUACCUGCUUGAGUAUUUUCUUGGAUUUCAGAGCACAUUCAGAGUUCCUGGUAAAACAGAGGUUCUGAGAGAGAGAGAGCAUCUUUGACUCUUGCUUAGGUGUUUCCCAGAAUAUAAAAAACUGAAAUGAAAGUUUCACAUAUUUAUGGGAAUCAGAGACUAAGCAAAGUUGGCCUCCUUCCCAUGAUGGGUUAUUGCUUGGCUCUGUCAUGAAACCUCUUCCAUCUCUGAUGUAACUGUUCUCUGGCCAGCUAGAAAAUUACUUAGAGGUUAGUUCCACCUUUUAAACAAUUUUACAGCUGUACAGUAUAUUGAAAAAUUUAAAGCUACAUUUGGAUGCAACAUUGUGAAAAAUCUUCAAUCCUGAGUGUUUGUUCAGAAACAGUUAAGGAUAUAUGAUUCAUACUAAGGGUUCCAGAUGCUCUAAGUAGCACUGUGGAGGUCCAUCAGAGAACAUAGCUGUUUGUAACAUAUGUCAACUCACAUUGAGCUCAGUGAGAGUUCCAAGUAACUAUUGAUCGCAACUUUUGUUGACAUUUUAGACUACAGUCCUCCAGUCACUUUCCUGGUAGUAAAUGCCAUUGACUUUAGUGGGAUUUGCCUCUAUACUUUUCAUGUAUUAACCUACAAUACAGGACUUUCCUGCUGGUUUGCUGUCUUAUGUUCAUGCUAGCAUAUCACAGGAAUGAUUCAAUUACUGUAUUUUUCGCUCCAUAGGGUGCACCGGACCAUAGGGCGCACCUAGUUUUUUUUGGGGGGGGGAAAUAAAGAAUUUUUUUCCCACCACCCCCCAGCCCCAAAGAGCCAAGACAGCCAGCGGGAUCCAUCCCACUGGCUGUCUUGGCUUCCUCUUUAGCCACGCGCAACCUCUCCAGGCGGCAGAAGCUGCGCACGGCUUUGUUUUUAGCCGCGGGGCUGGGAUGGGGGAAGCCCAAGCUUCCCCCGCCCCCAGAACAGGCUGCUAUCUGCAAGCCUUCGGAGCCCAGCGGGAACUCCCACCGCACUCAGAAGGCUUGCGGAGAACAGGCAGCUAUCCACAAGCCUUCGGAGCCUGGUGGGAACUCCCGCCGCGCUCAGAAGGCUUGCGGAUAGCUGCCUGAAGCCUCGAGAGCGAGAGGGGUCAGUGCGCACCGACCCCUCUCGCUCUCCAGGUUUCAGCGAAAGCCUACAUUCGCUCCAUAGGAUGCACACACAUUUCCCCUUCAUUUUUGGAGGGGGAAAAGUGUGUCCUAUAGAGGGGAAAAUGCGGUAAUUUAGUGUUACUGGAUCUUUUGUAGCUAGGAAUAAUUCUGUAGUGUAAUUUCUUGAAUUGUUUUCAUUUUUCCUUUCUGGACAAGGUUUGUGGAAUGUCUGCUAUUUCUGCUUCACCCACCUCCCCAUUCCUUUAUGUGCAGCCCCAUGCACACUUACCUUUAAAUUCUGUAUAGCUUAUUUGCAGGUAAGCCUCAGCACCUAGGACUUGCCGAUCGAAAGGUCGGUGGUUCGAAUCCCCGCGGUGGGGUGCGCUCCCGUCGUUCGGUCCCAGCGCCUGCCAACCUAGCAGUUCAAAAGCACCCUCGGGUGCAAGUAGAUAAAUAGGGACCGCUUACCAGCGGGAAGGUAAACGGCGUUCCGUGUGCUGCGCUGGCUUGCCAGAUGCAGCUUGUCACGCUGGCCAUGUGACCCGGAAGUGUCUUCAGACAGUGCUGGCUCCCAGCCUUUAGAGUGAGAUGAGCGCACAACCCUAGAGUCUGUCAAGAGUGGCCCGUACGGGCAGGGGUACCUUUACCUUUUUUUUUAACUCCAUCUUCACAUGGAGAAUGCAUUUUUACCACGCUGAUAGAGGAACAAUUGUACCAAAAGUGUACUAGUUUACAUAAGAUGUAUCAGGCAAGAGUUUUCAGGAGAGAUCUAACAAAUCUUUUGAGUUCUGUUUCCCUCCAAACCUCCUUGUGGUACCAAAGACAAAAGCUUGCCCCUUUGCCAAAGAGGGAGCUGCACUAAUGGAAAGCAUAUCUUUUGCCUGGCUCAGGUUGUAAUCCUAACGCAAUUUACAUUAGGAAUAGAAUUGUAGAGUUGGAAGGGACCAUGAGGAUGGUCUAGUCCAACCUUCUGCAGUGCAGGAAUAUUCAUUACAGGGGAUAAAACCUGCAACCUUGGCAUUACCAGCACCAUUCUCCAACCAACUAUUACAAUAUAAUUCCCAUUUAAUGCAGUUAGGAUUUACAGUGGUGCCCCGCAAGACGAAUGCCUCGCAAGACGGAAAAACCGCUAGACGAAAGGGUUUUCCGUUUUGAAGUUGCUUCGCAGGACGAAUUCCCCUAUGGGCCUGCUUCGCAAGACGAAAAUACCUUGCGAGUCUUGAGAUUUUUUUUUCGCUUUUCCCCCCCUUUAUCUAAUCUGCUAAGCCUUUAAUAGCCUUUAAUAGCCUUUUAGCAGCUAAUCCCCUAAGCCUUUAAGCCUUUAAUAGCCGCUAAACAGCUGAUAGCGCUAAUAGCGCUAAUCCGUCAAUGGGCUUGCUUCGCAAGACGAAAAAACCGCUAGACGAAGACUCUUGCGGAACGGAUUAAUUUCGUCUUGCGAGGCACCACUGUACCGUAUUUUUCCCUCCAUUGGACGCACCGGACCAUAGGACGCACCGGAUCAUAGGAGGGGGAGAACAGGGAAAAAGAUUUUUUUUCUUGUUCUCCCCCUCCAAAACAAGGUGCGUUCAAGGUACAUUCACCAGAGCUUGUGGGGCUGGCGGUGGGGAAGCGCUGCUUCCCCACCGCCAGCCUCAAAGAUCCCUGAAGCCUUUGGAGCGCAGCGCCUCGCUGCCCUGCACAGGUUUGCGCGCAGCCGUCCCAAGCUAGAGCAGUGAAGCGGAGCCCUCCGUCUCGCUGUUCUGGCUUAGGAACAGCCUUGCUACCUUCUGCAGGACAGCGGGGUGAAGGCACCCCGCUGCCCUGCAGAGGUUUGCGCGCAGCCGUCCCCAAGCUAGAGCAGCGAGAUGGAGCCCUCCGUCUCGCUGUUCUGGCUUGGGAACAGCCUUGCUAGCUUCUGCAGGACAGCGGGGUGAAGGCACUCCGCUGCCCUGCAGAGGUUUGCGUGCAGCCGUCCCCAAGCUAGAGCAGCGAGACGGAGCAGCGAGACGGAGCCCUGCAGAGGUUUGCGCGCAGUGUCCUGCAGAAGCUAGCAAGGCUGUUCCCAAGCCAGAACAGCAAGACGGAGGGCUCCGUUUCGCUGCUCUAGCUUGGGGACGGCUGCGCGCAAACCUCUGCAGGGCAGCGGAGUGCCUUCACCCCGCUGUCCUGCAGAAGCUAAGAAGGCUGUUCCCAAACCAGAACAACGAGACGGAGGGCUCCGUUUCGCUGCUCUAGCUUGGGAGGGCUGCGCGCAAACCUCUGCAGGGCAGCGGGUGCCUUCACCCCGCUGUCCUGCAGAAGCUAGCAAGGCUGUUCCCAAGCCAGAACAGCGAGACGGAGCGCUCCGCAGUGCUCCGUCUUCCUGUUCUGGCUUUGGGCUUAGCGGCGCAGCCUGCAUUCGCUCUAUAGGACGCACACACAUUUCCCCUUAGUUUUUGGAGGGGGAAAUGUGCGUCCUAUAGAACGAAAAAUACGGUACUUCUGAGUAGACAUUGUUAGAAUUGUGGCUCAUAUUACCAAGAAUACUUGUUUGAGAACAUUGCUACUAUCUAUUUUUAUAUAAUUAUCCAGACUGUUCUUUUCUUCUGAUUAUGACAGUGUAAUGUUGCCAUAGAAGCUGCGAGAUGAAAUUCUGAUGAAUAUGCUUAAGUUUGCCAUGCGUUCUAUAUCAAGCUCCUUGAAGGAAAAUGGAAUGUAAAUGUAAAUAUAAAUAAGCAAAAAGUCUUCUACGUAUGCAAAUAUGAGAGAAUUCCACAGUUUAGGAAGAAUUUAAAUCUUAGCAGAUCUACUUCACCAGAGCCAAGUUUUUUUGUUUUUUGUUUAAUGCUCAGAGGACUUUGGAACUUAUUGAGAAAUCUAAUUAGAACGGUCUGAUAUAAUCCAAUAUGAAUCACAUAUUAGCUUUAUUACUUUCAGGAAAAAUUAACUGUUCGGCAGCAGCUGAAUGAGGCAAAGCAACAAUUAUUGCAGCAAGCUGAAUACUGUACAGAAAUGGGUGCUGCAGUUUGCACGUUGUUGUGGAGUAUCUCUAGCAAUGAAGAAGCAGUUAAAAGUAUUCUAGGAAGUGUAAGUUCAGUGACUGCAGAGAUCUUUAUUUGUUACGUAUUAUACACAAAUGACAGCGUUGACUCAAACAUUUUUUUAAAAAAAUUACUUUUGUGCCAUUCUGAUUAGAAUGUCCAUAUAGCAGCUGACAAUCUGCAUUUGUUUACUGUGAUUGAGACACUAAAAUUGCUACAUUAUUAUUAGUAGUAGUAGUAUUAGUAGUAUUUCUACACCGCCCACCAGGCUAGGUAUCCCCAGCCACUCUGGGCGGCUUACAGCAUAUAUAUAACAUUGUAAAACAUAAAACAUUAAAAACUUCCCAAUACAUCAGGAAAAGUGGUUAAAAGUUCCUAUUCCAAAUGCCUUUGUGAACAGUACAGUUUUCAAAGAUGUAUUUUGAAAGGCAGUGAUAACUCCUGCCAGACUUCUGUUGCCAAGGAUUUCCUUAGAGCAGGACCUGGUACACUAAAGACUCAGUCUCUGGUAAAGACCAACUACAGUGGUGCCUCGCAAGACGAAAUUAAUCCGUUCCGCGAGUCUCUUCGUCUUGCGGUUUUUUCGUCUUGCGAAGCACGGCUAUUAGCGGCUUAGCGGCUAUUAACGGCUUAGUGGCUUAGCGGCUAUUAACGGCUUAGCGGCUUUAAGAAAAAUGAAACAAACUCGCAAGAACUCGCAAGACGUUUCGUCUUGCGAAGCAAACCCAUAGGGAAAUUCGUCUUGCGGAACGACUCAAAAAACGGAAAACUCUUUCGUCUAGCGAGUUUUUUGUCUUGCGAGGCAUUCGUCUUGCGGGGCACCACUGUAGAUGUAAAGGACACCACCAAAAAUGUCCCAUCACAUGAUCUCUGUGAUCAAGGUGCAUAAGGAAUUAGGUGGCCUUUAAGGGACUUUGGGCUCAUGUUUUUAAGGCUUUGUGAAUUUACACAGUAAACUUGAACCUGGCCUGGUACCAAAUCAGCAACCAGGUAAGUAGAUGUGUAUAGGAUUCCACUAUAAGUCACUUUAAUUUGUGAAUAAAUAUCCAGACUUCAGAAUAAAAUUCCUUAGGGAAAAUACAAAAUGUAUGAACCCACAGUAAUUGUAAUCUGUGAAUGAACUAUAUAUGACAAAUUCAGUCUAUGUGCUAGGUUUACCCAGCUCAAACCAUAAUUUCCCAACUGCUAUGUGUAAGACAAAUUUUUUUCAACAGCUAUGUGUAAGACAAUAACUGCUGCAGCAUAUUAAUAUGGUGUAGUGGUUAGCAUAAUCAAAUUAGGACUAGGGAGACCCAGUUUCAAAUUUCCACCCUGCCAUUAAGCUUACUGGGUGUCACUUGGUUACAUUAUCUGUUGGCCUGUCUUGUUGUGAAGCUUAAAUUAGGAUGACAGGUGGAUAGAUGACCCUGUAUGGCACCUUGAAUUCCUUUGAAGUUAAGUGGUAUAAUACAUUUCCCUUGUUGCUUUUUCUGUCACAACCUGAGCAGCUUGUCUCUGUUGGCACAUGCACUUUGGGGUUUUUCCUUUCUUUAUCUGAGGUGCUGUCCCCUGCACAGAAACAAGGAGAUUAGUGGCAUAUAUUAUGGCACACAUUUAUUUAUGCCCUGAUAUUAUUUAUUAGUUUUUCAUAAAUCUAACUUUUGGAACUAGCUUCUUGUCCUCUGGGCCUUUGGAUAGGCCAUCUGAAUACAUUAGCACAGCCUUUCUCCACCUUGGGUUCCUAGAUGUUAUUGGAUUACAACUCCCAUCAUUCCUGCACAAGAUGGUCAGUGAUGAUCGGAGUUGUAGUUCAAGAACAUCUGGGAACACAAGGUUGAGAAAGGCUGCAUUGCAGGUUGAUUUAGGUUUCUGUUUUCUAAGAUUAUAUUUUAUAGAGUUGUGACCUGCCAAGGACCUCUUGUGCAGGAUCUAAAUCUGAAGAAUGAAUAAACUAAUGAAAGGAAAUAAAGUGCCACAGGAUCCUUCGUUGUUUUUGCUACUAACACAGCUACACAUCUGGAAAUGUUUGUGCUCUGUACAUAGGUGAAACCACCUGUUCUGCUGCUCCUCUUGAACAUGGGUUACAUUCUUGAUGUAUGCACUGAAUGGCAUCUCAAUAAUAUGUUGGAAUCCUACUAAUCUGAUGCCUAGUUUCAUAAUGUUUGUAGACAUUAUUUUCCUAGUUAAACUCUUCUUGCUACAGUUGCUAGGAGAGUUAAAGUCACUGAAAAACAUUUGUCUUAAUAGAGGAGUCUUGGUAAUGUUCUGUGCAGAUCAGUAUCAUAGUGCCAUUGAGUUUUACCUACUGAAAAAAACUAACCAUUAUUUAAAAACUCAUAAGUUCAUAACCAUAAAGUAGUAAUUUUUCCUUAUGAAUUUUCAGAGUAAAGCUAUAAAGUUUUUUAGCAUUGCUGGACAGACUAUGGAGAGUUUUGUGCGAUCAUUAAGUGAAGAUAUCAAACAGCAAGACAUGGAUUCUGAUGAAAGUCAGUUUGUGUUAGGUUUGGCAGGGAUUGUUACAAGUAAGUUUGUCCUGGAAUGUCAUAGGAAUAAUGAAACACAUCAUAUAUAAGUUAGCAUUUUUUUAAAAAAGUUUUUACCUUUCAAAAGACUUUCUGAUAUACUUCAGAGUAACUUUUAGUAGUUUAGCUGUAGCAUUUAGCAAAACUGACCUCCCCAUAUUAAUGACUUCCUGCUUGAGAACAAAUAUUGAGUACAGUGGUACCUCUGGUUACAUAAGCUUUAGGUUACAUACGCUUCAGGUUACAGACUCCGCUAAUCCAGAAAUAGUGCUUCAGGUUAAGAACUUUGCUUCAGCAUGAGAACAGAAAACGUGCUCUGGCGGCAGCAGGAGGCCCCAUUAGCUAAAGUGGUGCUUCAGGUUAAGAACAGUUUCAGGUCAAGUACGGACCUCUGGAACGAAUUAAGUACUUAGCCUGAGGUACCACUGUAAAUUGCUUCUUAUGUGUAGGAUAAUAAAACCGAUGCAUGAUUUUAAAUAGAACUAGGGAAAUGUUGCCCCUGUGACAGAUUCACUCUACUUCACACUCACUUGCACUGCCCAGUGCAUGCAAACACCACAUAUAUACAGGCUAGAAACAUAUGUCUCAGUCACUCACACUACAUACAAACAGCUACACAUACAUACUUCCCCCACACCCCAGUGUACAUACUUUUUUUCUCCAUUAGCAUCUUUUGCUCCCCACCUAGCUGAUCCUUCUUUUCCUCUCUCAAUACAGGAACAUCUCCCUGCCCUACCUCGCAGAUCCUUCUGCCUCUAUCCAAAAGUGUAUCUUUCACCCACACCCCACAGAUCCUUCUCUCUCUACCCAGGAGAUAGGCAGAGUGCUUGAAGGCUUUCCACAAGCAUCUGGUCACUCACUGUGGAAACGGGAUGAUGAAUUGGAUGGGUCAUUGACCUGACCCAGCAGGAUCGUCUUAUGUUCUUAAGAGCGUAUCCUGUAACCAUGAAGUGAUGGGGAAGCUAUCCUGUUGCUUCUCCCCCAGCACUCGAAGCAAAUCCCUCAGGGCUUGCAAAAGGCCUGUGAAGCAGCUGGGACACCCACACCACUCAAAUUAAAGCUGUCCAUGGCAUGCAAAUCCUACACAGGCUUUUUAUAACCUCAGAAACAGCCUUAACCAUGUAAGCUAAAUUAACAAACUUCAUAAGAGUAAAGGAAGGCAGACAAAAAUAUAAUUAAUGUAUUGAAAAGUGGAAUCUGUUUAUCCUGUAUUAGUCUACUGGAAUAAUAAAGUGCAAGACCUAGCCCAAUACUACUCUUUAGUGGGGAACAUAUAGGAAUAUUUUUAUAUAAAUUAUCAAUGUAAACAUUAUUGUAAUGUUUUUGUUAUUUAUUUUUAUACCUCAAGUAGGCUUUUGUAUUUGUGAGGAUUGUAAUAACUUUUACAAACAGUGAAAUAAUACUUAAAUACACUUUAGUCAGGUGUGAUUGAUACAUUUAUAUAUGUAUCUGAAUUAUGUAUGUACUUUAUUGUUCAUAAUAUUUGCAAAAACAGUGUUAUUUUACAUAAUAACAUUUGUAAAAACUCGUUACAACUAGGCUUGAUAAGGAAGUGGGUUGUGCUUAUAUUUCAGGUUUCUGCAGAAUUUGUCCCUCUCAGCCCAUGGUUUUCCUCCAUAGCUACAACAUUUCUCGAUUUUUUUAAUCUCUAGGAGAUGCUGUAGUGAAACAUAGCACCCAAAACCAGCACAUCGUUAUUGUUGUCUUGUGGGGGAUUAUUUUCUAGAAAUAACCUUCCCAUAGCCUUCCCAACAAUUACUGUACAGAAUUUUCAGUAGUGCUGUUAGCUUACAAAAUUGUGCUGAAUAAGAAUUUUUCUCUCUUUAAAUUAUGGUUUUUUGUGUGUGUGUUCUCUUUUGUAGAUGUUGCUGCUUUAGCAUGUGGUCGUGAAUUCCUAGUUAAUUCAAAUCAAGUAUUGUUGGACACAAUGAUGCAACUUCUGGGAGACAUGAAGCUUGGAUGCUGCACAAAACUUAAAGUGUAUGAUGACUGGAUGUUUUUAGAAUGAAACUUGUUGUCUUAACAAUCUAAUAUAGUCAAGAAUGAUAUAUAGCGUGGUGGAAUGUUUAAAGUGGUGUGAACUAAAAUGAGUUGUUAAGUGGGGAGUCUAUAAUUUAGGUAAGCUGCUGUUAGACUUAACCCCUAACCCCUCCCUCCCGCUGUAUCUUUAGUAUGGAGGAUAAUACUUGCCUACCUUACAAAUGCCUCUGCUUUCUUGUGUGUACUAACAUUGGUCAUGAGUAACAUGAGAGAGGCUCCCAGGUAAGGUUUAUGAAGACACUACGAGAGUGGGCAAGUCAUCUUUAUUGACAGAAGACAAUGGGUUUCCAGGGUGCAGUCGUUAGUGGAUGGUGUGGUGUGGCAGCAGCACUUACCUGACCUCCCAACAGCUGUGUUGCUGCUGCUUAUGGGGAAGAAGAGUGGGAUGGGUGAAGUGGCAGGGUGAAUGUACUGGCAGGAGCACUGGAUUGGUGUUGCUGUUGUGUGUGCACUGUCCUAUUCACUUCUUCCCCUUGACCCUUCCCACUGGGGGGAAGGGUUGUAUCAGUAGAGCAUCUGCCUUACAAGCAUUGUAGAUGUCAUAGCAUAUUGAACAUGGGGAUAAAAUUAUAGCAAGUACUUUGGCCAUCCUUGCAUUUGAGCCUCGCAGUCAGCCCAAAAGAUCAAAUCCAAAUCUCUGGAAAGUUUCAGAACUGACGUCCUUAGAGAUGUGCCUCUGUCAGUUUGCUGGGUGAAGGAGCAGCAAACCAAACACAUUUGUGCAAGAGUUUAUGAAUGGGUAAAGAGGCUUUCUGUAUUAGAAGAAGAAGAAGAAGAGUUUGGAUUUGAUAUCCCGCCUUUCACUCCCUUUAAGGAGUCUCAAAGCGGCUAACAUUCUCCUUUCCCUUCCUCCCCCACAACAAACACUCUGUGAGGUGAGUGGGGCUGAGAGACUUCAAAGAAGUGUGACUGGCCCAAGGUCACCCAGCAGCUGCAUGUGGAGGAGCGGAGACGCGAACCCGGUUCCCCAGAUUAGGAGACUACCGCUCUUAACCACUACACCACACUGGCUCUCACUUCCUUAAUAAGCUGUUUAGAUAUGUAACUCCUAGGCAGGGAAGAUUGAGGAUUUGUACCUUAGUCUGUAGCUCCAAAUACAUUAAAAUCCAGCUUUGUCUUGUUUGCUGCUGAAAAUACGCCAUAUAAAUUUCAGUUGUCUCUAUAUGUUGUCACAAGGGAUGGCCACCAGAUGGUGCUCCAGGCUUUGUAAAACAUUUCUAGACAGAACUACUGCUGGUCAUAAAUCUGUAUUUUCUUGCCCCAGAAAACUUAUAGUUCAAGAGAUAACUAAAAUGGGAUACCUUAUUAAAACGUUUGAACAUUUUUUAAAGUAUGGGUAUAGUUUUGUAGUAUAGCAAAUAUAAGAGCAGUUGAUGAUAGAAUGUGGUGCUGAAGAAAUAGGAAUCAACUCCCAGGCUGUUUGCUUUGGCAGACAGCUUUGCCCUUUGAACAGCUUAGCAGAAGAUGUUUAAACUCUGUUUCCCUCUGUUAGUAUUUUUUACUGCUUUACUUUUUCAGUUCACCAUAACCAAUCCCUCAGUUCCCUACAAAACAAACAGCUGAAAGGAAAACACAAAGCACAGCCAUGUUUCUCUACGUCACUUUUAAUCUGUUUUGUUAUCUACUGAUACUACUGAUAAACAGACUGAAAGACCAUAUCAAGAAGUAUUAAUCCCUUGCACUGUAAGAAAUGUUACAUAAUUUUACAUGGGUUAAUGAUACUGAACAGCAGACACUGCAAGAGAUCCUUUUGUAUCACGAUAUGGCCCUCCUCUGGAAUAUGAUAAGCAGGAAUGAAUGUGAAGGUCUGGAGAAGGAUGUGAUUUCCUCUCUUUUCCCAUUUUUUCUCCUAACUUGGGGAAAGAUUUGAGUCGAUCGCCAUCAAAGCUAUUUUCAUUUUCACAUUUCUGCUCUGGAUAAUAGAUUUAGAAAACAGAGAAUUGCAAAAGCUGAGGUCUCUUUGCCUAAUCCCCAUCUUACAUAGGGGGCCCAGCACCUGCUGAAUAGACAAUCUUCGAGGCCCUGAUAGAGCCCACUCCAGCCAUAGCCCUGCAACCAGAGGUUGUGGAAUGAUGCAACAUGAUGUGGGAAAGAAAAUUUGUAUCUGUAGUGACUGAAGCAUCUUGAAGCCUAUCAAGGUGGAAUGCAAGGUAGUUUUUUUGCUGCCUUUUCCCUUUGCUUCAGAUAGCAUCUCCAACCUGAACAUGGCAGAUCCUUGUCCUUUUCCCCUCUCCUCUCCCCCCCCCCCCCCGUCGGAAUAGUAGCAGGGACCACAGGUCAUAUUACAGGCGUGCCAGUGGCAGAAUCCACACUACAAAGCAUACCAGAGAAGUAUUUCAUAUGAAUUCAAAUACUAUCCACCUUUAUGUCAAGCUUGUUCAGAAAUGUUAGGAAAAAGAGAAAAUGUGGAUGCCAUACCAGUUUGUACAGGGCAGGUGAAUUAUCCAAGGUUCAGCCUUUCCACCUCACCCUAGGAUUGCAUUCAAUCCAAAGGCUUAAGACCAGAUGCCACCAUGACUCAGAAGUAUCAGAGACCAAAGAAGAACAUAGACCAAAGGCGCAGAUACUAGCAACAGAAUCUGAAAAUAUUUUUGGACCCACCACUCUUAUGGUGAAGGUGGCUUACCAGAGCAUUUUGAGAGCAAAAUCUACGAUAGCCAAUGAGACUCAGUAAUAUAAAGCAGAUCAGUUUAAUGUAAUGACAGCUGUGUUUUGUUUUUCAUGUUGAUUCUCAACCGUUUAUUUUUUAAGGGAAAAUUUUAAGUUGGAAGGAAUAAAUUCCUGUCGUAACAGAAGAAGCAUAAUUUAAAAUUUUAUUAUCUCAUUGUUUGAGGGUUUAGGAAGCGUACAAUUUAGCAAAGCGGUGUUAUGAAACAUUUCUGGAGGCUUUUGAAAAUAGCUGACUGAGCAUAGCACUUAUCCACUGUGUAUAUUUUCAGAGUGCUGUGUAAACAGUAACAAGUGGUUUGACAAGAGUAGUGUCACUUCAGAAAUAAUGGCAUAGUUGGUGACUUUAUGUAAUUCAACAAAAUAUGCUUUGGCCUUUCUGAAAUGUAAAUAAAAGGCUAACUUGUUCAUCUGAGGUAAUGGUGGGAAAGUCUUGUUAGAGUAUUUUCUUCUCAACCUCACAACAGAUAAGCCCUGGUUUGCUAUCCUGAUUGAAAGCUGAUAACUGGGGGAGAAAAAGCUUUUCUUUUCACAAAAAAUUAGCACAGAUUUUGAAUAGUAGAAGUUGUUUUAUUGUCUUUGUGUAAUCUUGGAAUUUUACUCUCUAUUGAUAUUGCUCAAACAUUCAGAUCAUAUAUUCUUAUUAUGUGAACUUCAAAGUGGUGGACAUAAGUUUUUAGAAGAAUGCAUGUCAUGUGAGUCUGUUCUCCUUCAGAAGCAGAAUAACAGGCUAUAAUACUUGGCAGUUGCUCCAUGUGGGAUGACAACAGGCAGGAUUAAGAUUGAUGACUUCCUCCCAAAGGAGGAGCUUCCUUGCAGGACCAGUCUGUUUCCUGUCUCUUAGGAGACAGCAGGGUUUUAGCUAGAGCUCUUUUUCAAACAAAAAAGGUAUAUUGAAUGAAUCUGCCUUUCACCUUUCUUGACCCCUCUGUACUGAAAUUAGGUAGGACAGGUGAUGGAGUAAGCCGGGCAGCAAAUCCAAGAGAAACAAGCUGCUUAGGCAGAAAAAAUCUUUAAUGAUGGCUCUGACCCCUUGCUACUUAGCCCAGGAAUGUAGAGCUGGAUAACAGGAGUGCUGUUAGUCUUUCCAGUAGGCCUUUUGCAGAGCUGUGGUGUUUCAGGCCUCCAGAACCUCCUCUGUCUUUACUAGGCUGGUGUACCUGUGAGCCUGUCAGAUAUGUCUGAUGGUUCAGGGCAGGGGUCAGCAACCUUUUUCAGUCGUGGGCCGGUCCACCGACCCUCAGACCAUGUGGUGGGCUGGACUAUAUUUUGAAAAAAAGAAUGAAUGAAUUCCUAUGCCCCAUAAAUAACCCAGAGGUGCAUUUUAAAUAAAAGCACACAUUCUACUCAGGUAAAAACACUAGGCAGGCCCCAGAAAUAACCCAGAGAUGCAUUUUAAAUAAAAGGACAUGUUCUAAUGUAAAAACACGUUGAUUCCCAGACCAUCCACAGGCCGGAUUGAGAAGGCGAUUGGGCCGCAUCCGGCCCAUGGGCCUUAGGUUGCCUACCCCUGGUUCAGGGUCAUAGCUUAUAGAAAGAGCUUCAGGGAUCCGUCUCUACUCACUGCAGACUUUUCAGCAAGAGUAUCUAAUGUAGCACCUUUUUGACUUAGGCCUGGGCGAUAGCUGAAAAAUCCAAAAGUGAUAUCAGGGAUACUCAGUUCAGCAUAAAUUUUAUUUAUGUAGGGCUCCAGAGGUUGUCUUUGUAGUACCUAAGGAUAAAAAAGUUUUAUUCACAAAUGUGAAGAAGGAAGACAACAACAGAUUUUCAAAAAAUCCUGAUAUUUAGAGACCCUAUUCUCUUUGCAAGACAUGUCAGUUGAAAAAAAUGCGAGAUACAGAAAAAUCAAGCUUUUUUAAACAAAACAAAAAGAACCUUGAAAGAGGUGGUGGGGUCAAGCCAUCUUGGAUCUCAAGUAUCUCAGCAAAUUAAUAAUAUGAAGUUGUGUUCACCUCUACAUAAUUCCAUCCUUAUUUGGGGCAUCAUGAUAUAUCAAUAUAUCACAAUGUUUAGCUGGUGAUAUAUCAUGAUGUUGAAAACCAGAUAUUGCCCAGCCCUAAACGUUGUAAGUAGUUUAGUUUAGUUUAUGUUCUGAUGUAACAGGGGUCUUCAGGAACAUUGUUGGCAGUGAAUUUUGGGAAUGGGGCACAUCUUUUAUUGUGAAGUUUAAUUUAAUCUAAUACAGGCUGUCUGGCUGUGAGAGAGGCACAGCUUUGUGCGUGAAGAAGGGUCAGCUGGAGUUAGGCAUUGAUGUGUUUGCCAUAUACGUUUGUUAGAGACAUGACAAGCUGAUAAUAAAGUUAAAGUUGAAGCUAAAAAGAAGAGAAUGAAUGGAGGAUAAAAUUGUAUUGGAAUUUGUUACAUUUGUGACAGGAUUUUCAAUUAAGCCUUGUCAGGCUAAUUUUUUUAAGUGCCCUUUUCUGUUUGUCAGGAGGACAAGCACUUAAUCAGGAUGAUAGGCUAUCUGCUGAGGAGUCUCAAUUAAGAGGAUUUCACUGAAUGUGUUGUGUGAUCAUAUAAGGCUCUGUUCAUAUGAACACCCCACUAGUUCAAUAGGAUUUGACUGCUGCCAGGUUUCUUUACACUACAUUAUUACAAAAUGAAUAAAAAGAACACACAGGAUUAUAUUAAUAUUGAUAUAUCCAUUCAGUCUUUGCUUUUUAAAUGUGAGGAAUGUGCUAAGCUUCCUGAGGCUUGUGUUCUUAACAUGGUUUUCAGCUUUUGUAGUGGGAUGCAAAUCCAUAUACUCAGUCCCCUUUUAAACUUUUCUUACAGACUGAUGCUGAUGUCCUUAUACAAUGUCAGUAUCAAUGUGAAAGGCUUGAAGUACAUCAGUGAAAGCCCAGGGUUCUUUCCAUUACUCUGGUGGCUCCUGAAUGGUAAGACCUUUAUGAAUGCAAUACGGUACUAGAUUGUGCUACACAUGUUUUUACUACGUAACAAAUGUCAGUAUAUUAGCUAAAUGGAAAUAAACCAGCUCCUUGUUGUUUAUCAAAACACCUUGUAUAGCAUGUAAGAAAAGACAUAUUUUGGAACUUAAGAUGUGAUAGGCAUGAGAAUGGAGAAUGGAAGGAUGAGUUGUAUAAACGGGAUUACUCUUGCUAAAACGGUUUGUAUGUUGAUUAUCCUAUGCAUAUAGAAAACUAUCACACAUUUUUCAUUUAUGCACUGCUGAAAUCCUGUCCACUCUUACUGGGGAGGGCCACUCAUUGGACUUGAUGAGACUUUAUGGUGAGAAAAGUACAUAGGAUUGAGCUAUUAGUUAAUUAAUUUCAGGCUUGGGGUUUUUAAAAGUCAGUUAUUAAAAUUAAGGAUCUAGACCAUGCCCUUGAAAUGCAAUGUUAGAACAAAGAAGCUGUUCUUGCUUGAAACUAUUCGAUGUAAUCUAUUGUUUAAUUAAAUGGCUUGACAUCUUCUUAAAAACAAAAACACUGCAACUGUUGAUGGAAAGAUAAGUCUGAACAUUUGUCCUGAAGGGCAAAAGGAAAAGUUAUGAUUCUGCCCUUGUUAACUUCCUGCUUCAGCUAUAUUUUAUUUAUUAGAUUCUCACUUUGAUUUAAUUUAUAACUUUCUCCAUUAUUCAGUCUUAGGAUAUGUAUCAGUUCUAAAAUCAACACUUGGUAAAAUCUAUAAAUAUUUAUAAAAGUGUUAUAUAUUAUUAUAAAAGUAUUAAAUACAUUAUUUCCAUAAAUUACACAGUAUCUGCUUGCCACCCAGCUUUUAAAAGCAAUCCCAAGUUAAAAUGUAUUACGGCUUAUUGCAGAAUGAUAGGGCUUGGACUUUUCAGGUCUCCAUGGGAGAGGACUAACAGAAUUGAACUGAAAUGUGACAAGGGGCACUGGUGCAAAAUAUAUCUUAGACAUACCUCAUCUUGACUGUUUGUUACGAUUUGAGACUUUCCUUUCAAAGAACAGAAAAUCUCUCAAUUUUGAUUCUUGACUACUGAGAGAGGCCUGCUUACCUCCAAAACAGCUGUGUUGUUCCCCCAGCCAACGCCAAAGCAGGACUUAAAUCACAUAGGUAAUACAAUAGACCAGGCAUUUCCAAAUAUUUUUAUCAAGACUUGCCCUCUGAGGUUUGACACACAACAAAUCAUUUUUUGUUAGUGCUCCUCAGCACCGCAUUCUGUCUAAUUUCCACUGCAUACAGUCAUAAAAACGUGUCUAACACAGCUACUGUAUAUACUCAAGUAUAAGCCGACUUUCCCCCCACAUUUUUUAUGCUGAAAAAGCCCCCCUCGGCUUAUACUCGAGCGAGGCGGGCGGCAGAGGGACGAGCGGCCCAAAAGGAGCCCUUCCUCUGCCCGCCUCUCGCAAGGGCAGGCACAGGAGCCAUGGUUGGGAGAGGGGCUGCGCUGCGCUGUGCCUCUCCCAACCGCGGCUCCUAUGCCUGCUCUUGCGAGCGGCAGAGGCAGCAGCAGAGGAACAAGCAGCCUGAAAGGAGCCCUUUCAGGCUGCUUGUUCUUCCUCUGCCGCUGCCACCACCACCAGGUUUGUGGCGUGGUGAACCGGCUUAUACUCAAGUCAAUAAGUUUCCCCAGUUUUUUGUGCUAAAAUUAUAUUCAGGUCAGCUUAUACUCGAGUAUAUACGGUACCUACCCUUAUAAGAUUUGGGACAUUGCUUGAGGAAAUGCUUGAAACUUCCAAAUUGUGCAGUUUGGUGGGGUCUUCUUCACAUCAGCUCUUACAUUUCCCAGUGAUGAAAUAAUCUGUCAUUAGCAAAUAGAAGGGAAGCACCCCACCAGCUUGGGCUGGCUUGGUGUGUGGUAUUUCUCAGUAGCAUAGCAACAACUUACCCAUUGUGCAGCAAUGAGACCUGACUCACUAGAAAUAUAUUUCAGGAAGCUUCUUUUCUGUACUAAGUAUUGGUGUCAGCCCUUAAUUUAUUGUAAAAGGAGGUUUAGUUUACUGCUAGUUAGAUUUGUGUGUGUGGAAUUCUCUCCAGGACUCAAGUUUCAUAAGUGUUUUUGACAUAGGUGUCCCUCCCUGAAAACUCACAUUCUAAAGGCACAAUAAUGCAGGGAAGCACAAGACAGAGCACAGAAAAAUAAUGAAAAUACCUCAGAGCAGGACUUCCCAGUCUAUUUUUAAGGGAGAUUUACUGCCAAUAUUCCCUCUUUCCACCCAUUUCCCUGAUUGUUCUCUGCCAAAUCUUCACCACAGCCGCAAUUGUUCCUAACCUGUGCAAUUCUUGUUAAUUACUUAGCCUGUUGCUAGUGCAGCCUCCCACCUCAUUUAAAUUAAGCAAUAAAGAGAUAUCUGUUGUAACUUUAUACUCCCUGCGACAGCAAUCUGCAUUUUAGCUUCAUGAUAUGCUUGUUUGCAUUGAAAAAAGGGCCACUGAAUUUCAUGAGACUUCGUUCCAGGUUUGUACAUAAAUAUUGUAGGUUUAAGCAUGCAGUCAGUGGCCAGCUCACAUAUUGCUUGUAUGAAAUUAUACUAAAAUGUUAUAAUGACUGUGGGUAGAAUGAUGAAAAAGCUUGUAAAUUAGUAAUACUUGAACUUGGUACCUGUUACUUGUCAGCUUGAUAACUUAUGUCUUUGAUGACUAAAGAAUGUUGCAAGCACCUGUCAGUUGAAUUCACACCACACUUCCAUAGCCGAUUGCAGAUUAACAGUUUAGCAUUGAGGUAAUUCAAUUACUUAAACCCCAUUAUAGAGAAUAGUUCAUCUGUGAGUAUACUUCUAAUGACACAUGUGACUAGAAUAACUCUCUGGCUUAUCAGUUGCUUCUGUUAGUGACUGAAUGCAAAUGACAUCAAAUACAACGGUACAGUUCAUGUCAGUGAUCUUAAGGUAGAUUUUCAGUACGUUGUUAAAAUUGUGUCAGCUUUUAUAGGCAGCUCCUACUCAUGAGCUCAUGCAAGCAUCCACACUAUUGUCUUUAAAUUAUUAAUAUAUAUUUUUCAUCACUAGUUCUUUGCGGGGAGGAUAUUGUAUUGUUUCAUGCGGACCUUAGCUAACACAGUUCAGAAACACUUUUUUCCUGAGAGGUUUAUUGAAGAGGUAUUUGGUGUUGUAGUGGAAACUGCACUACCGUAAUGUACUCUGUGUUGCCUUUCAAGUUGACCUGGACAUUUCAGCUAGUACAGAAUGCAGCAGCUUGGGUGCUUUUUUUUGCUAGGCAUCCAUAGUAUACAUUUUGUGUCAGUUGCAUUGGUUACUGGUACAUUUCUGGGCUGAAAGCCAAGUGUGGGUUUUGACCGUCAAAAGCCCUAAAUGGUUUGGGGCCAGGUUAUGCCCAUUUGAACCUGCAUCAGCUUUUGUCAUUGACAUGUUGGACCACCUUUAAGAUUGGUCAGAUUGGCAGGUUUUAGGAACAAGGGUUCUCAGUAGCAGCUGCUGCUAUGUGGAACCAGAGGGUGUAAAGUUGUGCGCUUCAGUUGUAUUAUUAAAAAACAACAACAACUUUGAAACCUACUUGUUUCAAGUGUCUUUCUGCAGAUGUGUUUUUAUUUAACAUUAUUCUGAUUUGUUGCUGCCACUUUUACACUUGUUUUGUACUACCUAAAUUUAUAUUUUAAUGUAUCUUUCUAUUAUCUUAAUUUUCUAGUUUUUAAUGUAAUUGUAGUUUCACGUUUACAUUGUUCACUGCCUUGGGUGGACUUUGUCCAGAAACGCAGCUUCAGUCGUACCUUGGAUCUCAAACGCCUUGGCUCUUGAACAAAUGGGCUCCCGAACGAUCGAAACUGGGAAGUGAGCGUUCUGGUUUUCGAACGAUUUUCGGAAGCUGAAUGCCCGGUGCGGCUUGGUUUUUUAACGGUACCGGGAGUCGAACGGAACGCAUUCUGUUUGAGAACCAAGGUACGACUGUAUUAAUAUUUUAAAUGAACAAAUGUUUGUUACAAAGUGGCAUUGCUUUGGAAACCCGGUAGCUUGUGAUCUAGUUUUGUGUUGUAACAUACCAGUUGAAAAACAGUGUCCUGGUAAACAAUAAACAAAAGGUACAAGUUGGUAGUUCUGCAAGUAUUUAUGCUACAUUGGAAAUAAUACAGCAACAUCGUAGCCCCUUUCACAACUGCCCCUCCAAGACAACUUAGAGCAUGGGGAGGAAAAAGCAGAGCUCUACUUGUUGGCCUCCCCUAUGUCAUGGUACCCACAAGUUCCAUCUUCCUGAUCUCUGCGUUUGUUGAAAAGUCUGAAUGGGGAGCCAGUCCAGCUCCUCCAUGUGAUCCCGAACGCUGCAUGAACAGGAUUCCCAAUUGUGUGGAAUAGCUUACAUGCCAACAACUGUGCAUUUGGUCCUUGUUCACACAUUCCAAAAAAUGCACAGAAUCAACAGGAACAUUAGGAAGGAGCCAGGGACAAUGGAUGUGACUCCAUUUAAUAGUGAGAAAAUGAAAGUUGGAUGUAGAAAAACUUCAUUUGUUGUGCUCAAUGAGAAGUCUGUUCUUUUAUAAAUUAUGAUAAUUGGUUUAGUUAGUUUUGUCUUUCACGUUUAGAUCCAGAUCCAGAAAUAUGUCUUCAUGUUCUACGGCUUCUCCAGUCUGUGAUUUUAGAGCCAGAUGUUUUAACCAAGUCAGCUCCUGAAAUACGUGACUCUCUGCCACUUCCACGUAUCCAUAUGCUGUCAAAAAGCCGCAAUGCAGAUCUACAAAUCCUGGCCCGAGAACUGCUUGAGGACCUUAAAAUAUUAGAGAGUGAAAUAUAAGGUUGUGUUCUAUAACAUUGUUAUCUUCUCCAGCAUUUUUUUCCAGUGUUGUAGUAAUUUGUAAAAUUAUGCAUGCAUUCAAAAAACAGGUUCUUCUUGUAAGUAGAUUUGUGUGUUUGUAUGUGACCAGUGUUGCUUCACAGAAGAAAGUAAUUUCAGCCAUAAAUAGGAUACAUCAGAAUUCCCAGGCUAGCCACAUUACAUCAAACCAUCUCACCCAAGUUCACUAGACAUUAUUAUUUAUGCUUUAAGCUGUUUGAAGUCAAAGAUUAAAUGGUUUGAAUAAACUGCAGCUGGUUACAUGCAAGUUACAUUUGUCACUUUCAGAUGAUUGAAACAUGAUGUUGAAUAAAUCUUUUGCUGCUGGAAA